CGUAAAUACUUUAAAAGAUGAAAAAUAUCUAGGCAAUCUAAUAAUCAUAAAAUAUGAUUUAAAAAACUAGCUUGUCGAGAUUUGCUUAUGAAUUAGUAGAAAACAAAUCAAUUCGAUAAUAUAAUUUCUGUUGUUCCAUUAACAUUAAUCAUGAAAAGACCUUGUUAAUAGCCUCAGCAAAAUCUACAAUUAAUGUUUACAUAUUUAAAAUGGGAAGUGUUAAAUUACUCGCGAACAUGGGAGGAGAUAAGAGUUAUAUACAAGCCCUUAAAUUUGUAGAUAAGUCACAACAUUUUUUAUCAGGAUCUCAUAAUGGAUCUAUUAUUGUUUGGUCAAAAUACUUAUUUGCUAAUCCAAAAUACAUAUAACAAAUUAAAACUCAUUAAAGCUCGAUAGUUGCAUUGAUUCUUCAUCCAAUUUAUGAAAACUAAUUUAUAUCUGCUUCCAGUGGUUUUAUUGAAUUUUUCUAAUACUCAAAUCAUAGACAAUGGUUUAGCGUUGAUAAAAUAUCUGAAAUUGGUUAAAUUUUUGGAAUGUCUAUCAACAAGAAUGGAACUUAAAUUGUUACUUGUAGCGAAAAUCAUCGAAUAUAAGUCUUUGAAUAUCAGCAAUCAUUUUUACAGUAAAAAAAUACUUCAUCUUGGCUGCUAAAAUAAACAAUCAAUAUUAAAUAAUAGGGUUUUAGAGUUUGCUUUUUAGAUAAUGAUACAUUUGUUUUUUAACCUGCAACACAACUUUGGAAUGGAACAAAACAUAUGAAUUUAUAUAGAUUAAAUCAGUAAAAUUAAUACAUAAAAUAAAAUGCAAUACCUGUCAAAGGAGGUGGUUAACUUUGUGGGUAAAUUUUUCCUUCCUUGUAUAAUUUAUCUAAAUAAAUACUUCUAAUGAAGAAUGGAAAAUAUAUUAACAUAUUUAAAUAUGUUGAUAGAUCUUUUAAGUUAAGGUAUAAAGAAGUGUUAUCCUUUGGGACAUCGGAAGUGUCUGGUACUCUAAGUGAUGAUGGAGAAUACUUAAUUACUUGGGACAAAAAAUCAAGAUAGAUUUAAGUAAGAAUGUACACUGACUUAAAUGCAAAUAAAUAGUAGGAAUGA